AUGAAGAGAAUUAGAGAGGAAUUUUUAUGGGUUUGUUUGGUUUUUGGGUGCUUAACUUCUAGGGUUUGGUCACAGCGACAACCACAGCCACAGGGUCCCCAAGUGCCUUGUUUCUUCAUCUUUGGGGACUCAUUGGUGGAUAAUGGAAACAACAACAGGAUACUCACACUUGCUAGGGCUAAUUACAGACCUUAUGGCAUCGACUUUCCUCAGGGUGCCACUGGUCGAUUCACCAAUGGCAGAACUUAUGUCGAUGCGCUUGCUCAACUCUUGGGAUUCCCAUUUUAUAUUCCACCUUAUUCAAGAACUCGAGGUCCAGCAUUGUUAAGGGGAGUGAAUUAUGCAUCUGGAGCAGCAGGCAUUCUUGAUGAAACAGGCAACAAUUUGGGUGGUCACGCUUCCAUGAACCAGCAAGUAGCUGAUUUUGGAGAAACAGUGACUCAAAUGAGGAGGUUUUACAGAGGAGACGCAAAUGGACUCAACAGCUAUCUAAGCAAAUGCAUAUUUUACAGUGGAAUGGGAAGUAACGAUUAUCUAAACAAUUAUUUUAUGACUGAUUUCUAUUCAUCUCACUCAGAUUACACUCCCAAAGCUUUCGCUGAUUUACUUCUUCGGGAUUACACCCGCCAAUUAAUGCAAUUGUAUAACUUGGGGGCUCGGAAGGUAAUUGUGACAUUAGUUGGACCAAUCGGUUGCAUACCAUAUCAGCUAGCACGAUUCAAUGGUAACAACACCAGGUGCAAUGAGAACGUCAACAAGGCCAUUGUUCUCUUCAACUCAGGCCUCCGCAAGCUGGUUGAUCAAUUUAAUGGAGGUCAACUUCCUGGAGCAAAGUUCGUUUUAAUUGAUUCCUACCAAAGCUCUAACGAUCUAUAUUUGAACGGAUCUAGUUAUGGAUUUGAAGUGCUAGACAAGGGAUGCUGUGGAGUGGGAAAGAACAAUGGGCAAAUAACUUGUCUUCCUCUUCAAGGACCUUGUGAUGAUCGCAGAAAGUAUCUGUUUUGGGAUGCUUUUCAUCCCACUGAAAUGGCUAACAUUUUAUUAGCUAGAGCAACAUAUUCUUCUCAAUCAUACACUUAUCCAAUCAAUAUUCAGCAAUUGGCGAGUCUCUAGCUAAUUAUCAAACUGUUGAUUCAUUAGUGCUAUUGGAUUUUCGGAAUUAA